AUGACAUCCGGGAAACGAUGCUUUGUCGCCGUAGGCGCAACCGCGCCCUUCAACAGUCUAGUCCGUGCCGUUCUGGAACCGGUAUUUAUCAAGGCACUUCGUGAAGCCGGCUACUCGCAGCUACAAAUCCAAUAUGGCGAUCAAAGCGGGCAAAACACAUACCGCGAGGGAGUCCAGCUAUUAAACGAACAGGAACCACACGAUGGCUUCCAAGUCUCAGGCUUUGGCUUCAAGAAGGAAGGCCUAGCAGACGAAAUGCGGGCCGUGAAGGGCUCGUCACCAAAGACCGAAGGCAUGGUCAUCAGCCACGCCGGCUCUGGCUCCAUCCUUGAUGCCCUCCGCAUCGGGGCGCCGAUUGUGGUCGUCCCCAAUACGGAUCUUCUGCAUAACCAUCAGGUUGAAUUGGCCGAGGCCCUUGCCGAGCAGGAAUACGUGAUCCACGGAAAGGUGGAUGAUCUCGCCUCAGCCAUUGCCGAGGUGGAGGCCCUGAGGAGGAAAUCCAAAAAGUGGCCGCCGCCGAGGUCCGGAGAGGGGAAGUAUAAGCGUGGUUUGCAGGACGUUAUGUACGAGGAGAUGGGGUGGCAGAUUGAUUGA